CUGGCGGGCAAGUGCCCGGCCUGCCGGGCCACGUGGCGGGACGGCAACAGCAAGCAGGCGGUCCAGACGCCAGAGCCGCAGCCUCUGGUAUCGGGUCCCAGCUUCUUCAACUUCAAGGACUCCGAGGGGGAGCCCGCGGCCGAGCCCGUGGCCACGCCGGCGCCCACGGCGAGCUUGCAGCCUCGCCAGGGCAGUGGCCAGGCGCGGGAGGCGAUGGCCAAGCAGGCGCCGCGGGGCGCCAAGCAGGCCGUGGUCCAGCAUUCCGUGGCGAG